ACUUGAUCUGCCCUGAAGUUUGACCUGAAACUACAUUGACCGAAAUAGAAGGGAAAGCGUUGCUCUCCGAUCCAUUCCUCCUAAUUCACCAACUCACAGGAAGAUUAACUCAGACUCAAGUGUUGCUGAGAAAAAGGAAGCAUUGGGUUUGGGCAAAGAAGGAAUCAAAUGGCAGGAGGUGAGGAAGUGGAAGUCAAACCAAUUGACAAGGAAGCCUUCAUGGGGUUCAUUGGAGCUGGUAAAUUGGCAGCAAGUGUUGCCAUCGGAUUGGUCAACCAGGGGAUUUUACCACCUUCUCGAAUUUUCACGGCUCACCGGAAUCCAGAAAGCCGGCUGGAUUUUACAUCUGUUGGAAUUCAGGUUUAUCAGAACAAUCAUCAGGUGGCUGAAGAGUGUGAUGUAAUCAUUUUCUCAGUGAAACCUCAAAUACUUAAGGAAGUAAUCCUGGACUUACGGCCUCUACUUUCACAAAAUAAACUUCUUGUGUCGCUUGCUGUGGGACACAAAUUGAAAGCUCUACAGGAAUGGGCUGGUCAUUGCCGAUUUGUUAGAGUAAUCCCUAAUACCGCUUCUGUCAUUGGUGAAGCAGCUACAGUUAUGCACUUGGGUGAAGCUGCAACAGUAAACGACGGUGAGCUAAUAGCAGAACUAUUUGGAGCUGUUGGCAAGGUGUGGAAAAUGGACGAGAAAUUGUCUGAUGCUGCUGGUGCUGUUGGUGGCGCUGGUACAGCAUUUGCAUCUAUAGCAAUAGAAGCUAUGGCUGAUGGAGGUGUAGCUGCAGGCUUACCACGAGAAAUUUCUCUGAGUCUUGCUUCUCAAGCUUUCUAUGGAGCAGCAGCCAUGGUGAUGAAAACAGGAAAACAUCCUGGUCAGCUGAAAGACCAAGUUGCAUCACCUGGAGGAAUCACCAUUGCCGGGAUUCAUGAGCUUGAGAAGGGUGCAUUUCGUGCAAGCAUGAUGAACGCGGUUGUUGCUGCUGCUAAGCGUAGCCAUGAGAUGGGUCAAUGACUUCACUUUCCGCAUGUUAAUUUUGCCAAGGUAGGGUUGCAUACAUUGUGUCGUGACAAGUUGUAAAAUUGAUCUGUAUGCUGGGGAACGAUUCACAUAAAAUUUGUACCAGGUUGCUCGUUGUAUGACUCCUACUUUUCUGCAUUGGGUUGAAGUGAAGUGGAUUUUUCGUCUCCCAGUGCAUGAAUGUAUAUUUGAAUGCUAUGUGAACAAAGUUGAUUCUCUCAAA